UAUAGAAAAUACAGAUCGUAGUUUUCGUCGUAGAUUUGCUAUUGACGAAAACAUAUAUUAAAUUAAAUGAAUUCAAAUAUUAGAUAAAUAUUCAGAAGUAUCCAGAAAUUGAGGUAGUCACGGGAAGUAACAACGGUGCAGGCAUAUUCAACUACACAUACAAUUAAGUUGCUUGAAAGUUUCAGAUUAUAAUGGCAUCCAGUGACAACAACAGUGAUGACGGAGAAAUCAUGUCUGAUUACGACCACAUGAUCCAAGUUGAAUAUUUAAAAGAAAAAUACAGAGAUGUUGUGUCGCAAUUAAAAACUGUAUCUAGCGAAAAACAAAGGUUAGAACGAGAUUUCCAAUUGCUCAAAAAGGAACUCGAAAAUGGCAAAGGUGAAUUUUUCAACACAUAUCACGAAUAUAAUGUGCUGAAACAAAAGUAUGAUAAUCUUCGCCUGCGGUACGAUGAGUAUGUGAAUGACCCAACACAUUGUUUGAAACUGUGCGAUGAUCUAAAAAAAGAACGCAAUAAAUUUAAAGAGCUACUAAAGGCAGCUGAGCUUGAAAUUGAAACCGUCAUGUCCGAACGAGGUACUGUACUCAAAGAAAUUCAAAAACUUUACGAUAAAAAUGAGAGCUUGGAACGUGAACUGCAGUCAGCGUUGCGAUGUCGUGAUGAUUCGCUUAAAGAAUGUGCAACAUUGCAAGAAAAGUUUGAUAUUCUCAAAAAUCGGGGUGAAUUUUUUCUGGAAUCAAAUUGGAAUCGCGAACGAACCGAAAGCAAGGACAAGUUCGAAAUGGUGACUGAAAACCUCGAAUCAGCUAACAGAGAAAUUGAAAGGUUGAAAAAAACAUUGGAUAAGGCGAAAGCGGAAAUAACUAAAGCUGUACAAGAAACCGAAAUAGCAAAAGGACGGAGAGACUGGGCAAUUUCCGAACGAGAAAAAAUUGUCCAUGAACGGGAUAGUGUACGAAAUCUAUGUGACGAGAUUCGUAAAGAACGAGACACGGCUACGUCCAAACUGCUUGCAGCUAUUAGAGAUAAAGAUGAGGCAUACAAGGAGAUUGAGCAAUUGACAGAACGUUUGGAAGCUCAACAUAUUCUAAAAGAUAAUAUAAAUAACAACGUUGCAACUGGUGAACUUUCAAAUCAUUCUGCUGAUAGUAGCUUUAGAAGUUCACAUUACAGCACCUACAGUUUGGAUUCGUCAUACGAUUUAGCAACUCUUCAUCAAUUUCAUACGGAAGUUAUAGCAAUUGAUUCAUCCCUGUUACAAAGUAAUACUUCUGACUGGGGUUUGACGAUAAACGAAAAUUCAAACGAAUUCAUGGAUAGUAGUAAUACACCAGCUCGUAUGGUUGGUCCGCAAGUAAUUUCCAUUGAACAUGAUUCUGCAUUCGCUGGACUGCUGAUGCCUAAUGAUAUGAUUUGUCAGAUUAAUAAUAUUGAUUGUAGUACAUUUUCUAAAAGGAAAAUUUUCAAAGCUAUUAAAAGCAGCCUUCCGACUUGUAUGAUAACUGUGAAGCGACCAGAAAAACGACUUUUGCUUGUUCAAAUUAGUUUUAUAAAUGGAAACAAGAAUCAUGGACUUCAUUUAGAAACAGGAGUAUACAUUUCAAAAGUUGAACCUGACUCUUUGGCUGCUAAAGAUAGUAGACUAUGUGUAGGGGACAGAAUUAUUUCAAUUAACGGGAAGCCUGCAGAUCAUUUUAAAAACGUUAAUGAAAUAAACACAAUUAUUAAUGAUAUGAGAAACAGUAAUCUCAGUCUAAUUGUAGUUAAAGAUCUAGCAAACUUUCCUCUUAAUAAGGGAUUUAACACAAACCAUUUGCCAAAUAUGACUAGUUGUACACAAACAGAAAACAUUGCAUGUAAUAAUCUUGAAGGCGCACAGCGAGACAUGAACCGGUUAAGUUUGGAUCUUGGAAGCAAUAAUCAUUUCAUGCCUUCAGCAAUGCAUUACAGCAUAAACACAGCGUCAAGUACACCAAAUUCGGUAACCGCAAGUACGCCGUCUUCUUCCAAGUCAGCAUCUAAACUAACUGGAAUGUUUCAAAAAUUGAAAGAUAAAAUGAACAUUAGUAACCACAAAGAAUGCCAGGAAAAUGAUGCAAUUGCUGUUCUUGAUUCGGUUCUGGAUAGCGAUGACCCCGAAGCUUCCCACAAUUCUAUGUACGCAAAGACUAAGGAAAAGAAAGCAAAAAAGAAAGCUAGAGAUUCACAAGAAGUUCCUCGGGGAACUUGGCCUCGCGUUACGAUGACUGUACAUGCGAAUGAUAACCACGUUGGAACAAUAGUUCAUAGAAUAAAAAAAGAGCGACCAAAAUUAAGUAUUCCAUCUGACAAUACUGACAGUAAUUAUUUUACCUCAUCACCUUUAAACGACUGCAAUAUACUAUCUCCACAAUCCACGUCCAACGGUCCCGGAAUCAACAUGGUGAAUUAUGCAAUCCAUAGUAAACGAAACUCAAAUCCUGUCGUGCAAAUUGACAUUAAUCGCAUACUUCAGUCAUCGAAACAUAGUUAUGAUGUCAACUUACUCAAAUCAAAUAUCUCCGGAGGAAGCAUUAAAACGUCAUAUUCCAGAGCUUCAACAUACGACGCCAUGCGCAACAAUAGCCACAGUUUGAAUUUAAACCGACACAGCCUAAAUUUGUCAUCAUUAAAUAGGCAACAACUGCAGUCACCACUGGUGCAGCAACAGAACAUAAUCGAUUUCAUUCCUUUGAAAAGUAAUACGUCUGUUGAUUCUUCUGUGUUAUCUUCCAAAAGUCCAACUGGGUACAACUUUAUUAGUAAACCACAAUUUAAAGAUAAUAUGGAUUGUUAUGUGCCGUCCAAAAUUUCGAAGCAUCUCUCUAAAUAUUCAAGUGAUACUGAAAGUUUUGAUGUGGAAAGUAGUACAAUGGCGAAUAAUAUGAACACUCUUCCUCAUGCACAUACGAGGAAGCCAUCAAUUGGGAAUGCUAGUAACUCUUCAUCAAACAGAGCCGUUGUAGCAACGAAUUCUGCAAGCCCAGGUAAUUGCCCUGUCGUGUACAAUUCUACGUUAUAUCCAGGAAUUUCAAAUCUGCAAUCUAGUAGUUGCUCGCAUCCUUCGAAUGUAAUACGACAAUCAGGCAAUGUUUUACCCGUAGGAGAGUUGAUGGGUCUACCUCAAACAUCUUAUCAUUCACACGGUUCAUCCAUCGAUUAUUCGUACAAUAGAUACAGUCAAAUACAAUCUUCCAAAGAAGAAGUUCCGUCAGGAUUGAUGGGCCAAAGCUAUGAAGGAGGAACAUUUCCACGUAAUAAGGUUCAUCAGGGAUACCGUAUUCCUUCUAAUCAGAGUGUGACCAGCCGCGGUAGCGGUGUAAAAAUCAGCAAUGGUUCUAUUGAUUAUUGUAGUUCCGAAAGAGCAUCGCCUAUUCCGACGUUUCAAGUACAGGUAUUGGAACCAGGUCGAAUAACAACAGCAAACAAACGAAACUCCUUCCAAGACUACACAGCUCGAACCAAACCUAACAUAGGGGAGCUUCGUUACGUACACAUUGAUAAGAGUGAAAUGUCUCUUGGCAUUAAAAUUUUUUGUCAAGGAAAUGGUGGUGGAGUAUUCGUUUCCAACGUUGGAGAGAAUAGUCUUGCUAGCAAAGUAGGACUACACAUCGGCGAUCAACUGCUGGAAGUUUGCGGAAUAAAUUUGAGGAAAGCUACCUACGAGCUGGCAGCACAUGUUCUUCGUCAAUGUGGAAAUUCAAUUACUAUGCUCGUAUUAUAUAAUCCGGAGGUGUAUAAUAAUCUUACUACCAGCGAAGGUAAUAUUGAUCACUCAAGUUCACCAACUCCACAAAAUUCACCACGUGUAACUGGACGGUCAAAUAUUUCUACGGUUAACACAGCAACGGUCAAUUCAAUAUCCACAAUAACUUCGAAGAGUCUGUCUAGUAAUACUAGCCAUCAGCAACAAAUGACAAGUUCUGCUCAAGCUAGUCAUUUCAAAGAACAACCACGAUUGGUAUUCUUAGAAACGAGAAAAAAUUCUAAUUUAGGAAUUAGCCUUGUUGGAGGAAACUCAAACGGAAUUUUCGUACAUGGGGUUCAAAAGGAUUCGAUAGCAGAUAACGCUGGUUUACGGAUAGGCGACCAAAUAUUGGAAUUUAACGGUGCUGACUUGAGACGUUCGACAGCUGAGCAUGCUGCCUUGGAAAUAGCAAAACCAGCAGACAACGUUGCUGUCCUAGUUUUGUAUAAUAUUCAGAAAUUCAAUCAAAUUAAGGACAAACCAGGUGAUGCCCUAUACAUAAGAGUUGGUUUUGAUCGAAAUUGCGAUCUUGGGGACUCAGAAUUAUCAUUCAAUAAAGACGAAGUAUUAUAUGUCGACAACACGAUGUUUGGAGGAGUUCCUGGGCGAUGGCGGGCAUGGAAAUUGGACGAAUAUGGUCAUAAACUACAGUGUGGAAUUAUUCCCAAUAAGCUAAAGAUCGAAGAAGAACUAAGAUUAAUUGGCGAUUUACAAGAUGUUGACACAACUACAAGAAGAGGGUCGACGUCGGCGAGGCGAUCUUUUUUCAAGAGAAUUAAACCUCAACGAAGUUCAUCGAGGGAUUCGAAAGAACUAGCAAGUUUUAGUAACACCCAUCUGAGCUUAUACAUUGAUUCGGGUUCUAUAAAUGACGAUGGCGUUACUAGUUAUCAAAGAGUUGAACGACUAGAAUACAAGUAUCGGCCUGUGAUAAUUUUGGGGCCUUUGUCCGAAUGUGUAAUUGAAAAACUUUGUAUUGAUUUUCCUGAGCAUUUCUAUAGAUGUCAGCAAAAUCAAAUACGAUGUACAAAAGAAGACAUGGAAAAUGGUAUACAAAAUAACACAAUCGCUGAUUAUCGCCGUAGAGGAAGCAUGUUUGAAUACACUACAAUGCAAACGAUUCUGGAAAACAAGCAACAUCACUGCAUUUUAGAUAUUUGCAUAUCGGCCGUUGAGCGGCUGCAGAGAAAUCAGAUAUAUCCGAUAGUUUUACUUUUGCGAUUUAAAUCAGCAAAGCAGAUAAAGGAAAUUAAAGAUUCGCGAUUUUCAAGUGAUAAAAUUUCAGCAAAGGCUGCCAAGGAAAUGUAUGAGCAUGCUUUGAAACUGGAGUCUGAUUAUCGACAGUACAUUUCAGUUGUCAUUUCCGGUGUUAACAUUGCUCAUAUGUGUACCCAGAUAAAAGCUGCAGUUGAUAGCGAACAAAAGAAAAUACUGUGGGUCCCAGUUUCGACAAAUGUAUGACUAUCCAUCAGACAAGAGGAAUAGUAAAAUGGAAAACACGAUGUCUUCAACUGCCUUUCAUUGGAAAUUGAGUUUGGAGUAUCAACACAAGCCAAGGGUCACACACACGAUUUAUUGCGAUAAAUACCGUUGCAUGUUCAUCAAUAAGACCGCGCUUGUAAAUGAGGCACGAAUGAUAAAAUUCGAAUCGUUUCACUUAUUUAUGUUGAGGGGCCACAAAGCGAGUUGUAUCCACUAAAAAGUUAUUUUGAUAUAUACGCAAUAAAGUUUUUUUGCUUAGUUUGAAA